AUGGGUCAAGAUGCAUCUAUGCCUGGUGGAGGCAAGAAAAAGAAUCGUGACAAGAAGAAACAAAAGCCAAAGUAUGAACCACCUGUUCAAUCUAAAACAUUUGGAAGAAAGAGAAGAAAGGGCAUUGAUACGGGAGUUAAGUUACCUGCUGUAUUACCUAAUACCAGAUGCAAGUUGAGACUUUUGAAGUUGGAACGUAUUAAGGAUCAUCUAUUGUUGGAAGAAGAAUUUGUUACCAAUCAAGAGAAUUUACAACCCACAGAUCAAAGACAAGCUGAGGAAAGAGAGAAGAUCGAAGAUGUUAGAGGAUCACCAAUGUCAAUUGGAACACUUGAAGAGAUCAUUGACGAUGAUCAUGCCAUUGUUUCUUCUGCCACAGGACCUGAAUAUUAUGUUUCUAUACUCUCAUUUGUUGAUAAGAGUCUUUUAGAGUCUGGAUGUCAGGUGCUACUCCAUCAUAAGACUGUGUCUGUUGUGGGAGUUCUCCAGGAUGAGACAGAUCCAAUGGUCAAUGUGAUGAAGAUGGACAAGGCACCUACGGAAUCGUAUGCGGAUGUUGGAGGAUUGGAGGCUCAAAUCCAGGAAAUCAAGGAAUCGGUGGAAUUGCCACUAACACACCCAGAGCUAUAUGAAGAGAUGGGAAUUAAACCUCCCAAAGGUGUCAUAUUAUAUGGACCUCCUGGUACAGGUAAGACUCUUUUGGCAAAGGCUGUAGCAAAUCAGACAAGUGCUACUUUCCUUCGAAUUGUUGGUUCUGAAUUGAUUCAAAAGUAUCUAGGUGAUGGUCCAAGACUGUGUAGGCAGCUUUUCAAAGUGGCCAGCGAAAAUGCUCCUGCAAUUGUUUUCAUUGAUGAGAUUGACGCCAUUGGUACCAAGAGAUAUGACUCCACUUCUGGUGGUGAAAGAGAAGUUCAAAGAACCAUGUUGGAGUUAUUAAAUCAGUUAGAUGGUUUCGAUGAUCGUGGUGAUGUUAAAGUGAUAAUGGCUACCAACAGAAUUGAGAGUUUGGAUCCUGCAUUGAUUAGACCGGGUCGUAUUGAUCGUAAAAUCAAGUUUGAAAACCCAGACCCUGCCACCAAAAAGAAAAUUCUUCAAAUUCAUACAUCAAGAAUGAACAUCGCACAGGAUGUCAAGUUGGACGAGCUUGUUGGCUCCAAAGAUGAUAUCAGUGGUGCAGAUAUCAAAGCAAUUUGUACAGAGGCUGGUUUGCUAGCCCUUAGAGAGAGGAGAAUGCAGGUGAUUGCUGAGGACUUCAAGCAAGCGAAGGAAAGAGUCAUGAAGAACAAGAUUGAUACAAACUUGGAAGGUUUGUACUUGUGA